GUGGACGCGCGCGCUCAGUGCUACAUUUCAGUGCCGCGCGAACGAACCUAAAUCAUUGUGAUUGUGGAACUAAUAUAAAAACAAAAAAAAAAAACUCAAGUGCAUUAAUUAACUUUGGUGUUAACGGAUUUUCUUUAUUUAGUUUUUGUAUAUUUUUUUCUUCUUAGGUGCAUCUGAAUAUCUAUUUUGCGGAUCAGAUAAACAAACAAAACUACUUCGAUUCUUCAUUGAAACUGGUGAAAAAAUUACAAAACAGUGCUAUCUCCCAUCAUGCAUCAAUCUUCCACCCGUUCGUGUGAGCAGUCGACACAUUCGCUGCGAAUACAGACCGACACCUAUCUGUACAGUUGAGCCGUUAAAAUGGUUAAGUAGCAUAUAAGACAGUCGAGUGAUAUAAUGAGCUUAUAAUUUAAGUUGAUGUCGAGUGAGAGGAUGCCUUACUACGGGUACAGAGAGGGAUCAGACUCGGACGGGGCAUGUUCCGAGUCCGGAGACUCGGACUCCGAGGGUGGGCUGAGUACGGAGAGUACGGCGGGGCAGGGCCUGCCGUACCCUGGCUUCACGCCGGUCGCCCUCCGGUAUCUGACGCAAGAGACUAGGCCGAGGAGCUGGUGCCUUAUGCUGAUCACCAACCCAUGGUUCGAGCGAAUAUCGAUGUUGGUGAUCCUGCUGAACUGCGUCACCCUCGGUAUGUACCAACCCUGCGUGGACGACCAAUGCGUCACCAACAGAUGCAAAAUAUUACAGGUAUUCGAUGACAUAAUAUUCGCUUUCUUCACGCUGGAGAUGACAAUCAAGAUGGUCGCCAUGGGAGUUUACGGCCAUGGAACCUAUCUGGCGGAUUCUUGGAACAGACUGGAUUUUUUCAUCGUUAUGGCUGGCGCUCUGGAAUAUGCACUGAAUGUUGAAAACAUAAAUUUAUCAGCUAUAAGGACGAUACGAGUGUUACGGCCUCUAAGAGCUAUCAACAGGAUACCAAGCAUGCGAAUUUUAGUGAUGCUUCUUCUCGACACAUUACCAAUGCUGGGUAAUGUUCUUCUGCUCUGUUUCUUCGUUUUCUUCAUAUUUGGGAUCGUCGGUGUCCAACUCUGGGAAGGAAUACUUCGGCAACGCUGCGAACUAGUCCUGCCUCCGAACGUUCCCCGACCCAACAUAUCCUUCUACUACGAAUUCUCGAAAGAGUUGGACUACAUAUGUACAACUCCAGAAGACAGUGGAAUGCACCAGUGCGGUGAUUUCCCACCUUACCGAUAUGGACCACUGGUCUGCAACGAGACUGCUAAGCCUUAUUCCUACAACACUCCAACCAAUACGUCUUGCGUCAACUGGAACCAAUAUUAUACGAAUUGCACACAAAGAGGAUCAAAUCCAUUUCAAGGAACAAUAUCUUUCGACAACAUUGGUCUCGCUUGGGUUGCGAUAUUUUUGGUGAUUUCACUGGAGGGAUGGACUGAUAUAAUGUAUUAUGUACAAGAUGCACACAGUUUCUGGGAUUGGAUUUAUUUUGUACUACUCAUUGUGAUCGGUUCGUUUUUUAUGAUCAACCUUUGUCUAGUCGUUAUCGCGACGCAGUUUAGUGAAACCAAAAAGAGAGAGAUGGAGCGAAUGAGAGUCGAACGAGCCCGCUUUACAUCUUCUUCUACAUUAGCUUCAUCUACAAACAACAGUGAACCAGCGACAUGCUAUGCAGAGAUAGUAAAAUAUGUUGCUCAUCUCUGGAGAAGAUUCAAACGAAGAAUGGCUAAGAAAAUCCGGUUAUACCGAUACCAACGGGCCCAGAUGCGGUGGCGUACUAGUCAAGAAACUCUGCAACUACCGGCAAACAAACCUAAACAACACCACCCGUGCUGCCCCAGAGUACACCCACAGCAACCCAAUGGAGGGAAGACUGAAGACAGCGCUGGAAUCGAGGAGCCCGUGAGCAGGCCAAGCUUACUCCGCGUACCGUCACUUUCUGCCGCCGAUCUUGAGAAUGCAUCAAAUCUGUCACUGCUAUCUCCCCCAUCGUUGGCUCGCCGAAGGUCAUCAGUGAUGUUCAGUGACACAGUGCUGCUUCACGCUCCUAACGCACCUCAUAUGGCACACCCUCACAACAUAUGUUCGUCAGAGAAGAUGACUCAAACAGAAUUCGACCUGCCAACAGGCGAGACGGCCGAAGAAAGGGCGGCUGCUGGAGGCACUAUGUCUUGUCAAGAACUACUCGCUCUCUCCGGAGCACUCUCGGCAGCACUGCCAACGGGACAAGUGGCUUUAGACUCGUUCUUCGAAGAACUCACAAAAGGAAUUAGCAAAAGAGCAGGAGACGAGAAAAAUGAUGCAAAGGCCGUAGACAUAGAGGACUUCUCCUGUUGUGCCGAGUUAAUAGCAGCGGAAGCCUUAGCCAAAGAAUCUAGGAAAAACAGAUUCACCCAUGCAUUUUGUACUGUUUGGAAAAGGAUAUCAAAAUUUUUAUCGUGGCUAAGGAAGUAUAUUAAAAAUAUAGUCGAUCAUAAAUACUUCCAACAAGGUAUUCUAUUGGCAAUCCUCAUAAAUACACUAUCGAUGGGCAUUGAAUAUCAUAACCAACCGGAAGAGCUAACAGUAAUAGUAGAGAUCAGUAACAUCGUUUUCUCGGCAAUAUUUGCCGUCGAAAUGAUCCUCAAAAUUAUCGCCGAGGGACCCUUCAAAUACAUUUCCAACGGAUUCAAUGUUUUCGAUGGCGUGAUUGUGAUACUCAGUGCAUUUGAAUUAGCGCACAGUUAUGGAAAUGAAAAAGACUUAGCCGGCAGUUCUGGUCUCUCUGUCUUGAGGACAUUCCGACUUUUGCGUAUUUUGAAGCUUGUGAGAUUCAUGCCCAAUCUGCGAAGACAAUUAUUCGUCAUGCUGCGCACUAUGGAUAAUGUGGCAGUAUUUUUUUCGCUGCUCGUACUCUUCAUCUUUAUUUUCAGCAUCCUCGGUAUGAACCUCUUCGGGUGCAAAUUCUGCGAGAAAGACGAGGAGGGUGACCAAGAUUGCGACAGAAAAAACUUUGAUACUCUCUUGUGGGCCUUUGUCACAGUGUUUCAGGUUUUGACUCAGGAAGAUUGGAAUGUAGUAUUAUUCAAUGGUAUGGAAAAGACUAGUCACUGGGCCGCUUUGUAUUUUGUGGCGUUGAUGACAUUUGGCAAUUAUGUCCUCUUCAAUUUGCUAGUAGCUAUACUUGUGGAAGGAUUUAGUUCUGAGCGCAACGAGAGAAGGGAACGGGAGCAACGCGAAUUAGCAAAAUCGAAAUUAUCCAGCGAAUGCUUUUCGGACAACAACGAAAUCCAGUACGACGACUCCAAUUCUGGGUCACAUUCCAGCGAUAGUUUUUCCCAGAACGAAAUAAAAAACUACUGGCGAUCGGCGGACGAUGUGCGGAAAGCCAAAGAGGAUGUGAACGGGCAAAAAGAUAAAGCGGCCAAACCACGACGCCGACAGAAAUCCUCGUCGCACCACCCGAAGCUCUGCAAGGAUUGUGCGCAAUCCAACAAAUGUAACAUUCAAAAGGAAUCAAAAAUGUUGGCAAGUGGCGCUGCACCCAACGAAACUACCAUAGUUCCCAUGAUCACUCACACCGCGGCCACGCCACAAGACUCGCCGUCCACAACCUUGGAGCCAGGGGCUUCUUUCAGGGACUUCAACCUAGCUUUAACUCUAGAACGGUCUUCGAUGCUUUCGAGUUUGGAUUCUAUAGACCGAACUUCUUGUACGAGCAUACCAGGACUUCUGAAACCACCUAACAGUUAUACACUUACACUGCACUCAGCUGCCGCGCAGUUAGGGUCAGAGAAAGCUCGUCUUCCCCCUAUGACACUUGCCCCACCACCCUUAACUUUAGCGCCUCCCCCCCUCAGAUCGGUAUCCCCUGGGUCCACAACUCCUAGUACCCCAAAGUCUAUAGCUUCACCACUACUGCCUGAAAAGAACCUUCAGGUCACAAUUAUAAAAGACGACCACUGUUUAAACACCAGCGACAAGUCGAGUCUCCUCAGCUCACAAAAGAGUCUAAGCGCCUCCAGUGCAGGCGUGAGUGGCGAUGAAAAGUGCCGAGUGCAGCGCGGCUACAGCUGGCGGCUCUCGCGGCCGAGUCUGCGGCGGAAACAGAAACAACGCACCGGCUCCGAUUCUGAUGCAAUCGUGCUCAACAACGGCAGGGAUCAUGCCACGUGCAAUGGUUCAGGGUUGCGGAAGAAUGAGUUGCUACUGUCAUCGUCAAUGGUGAUUAAGAACGACACUCAGUCGGAGCUGCCCAACAACCGGUCUAGGGGCCAGCUGCCGGCGCCGAGAGUGCUGGCGCCACCCGCGAGGCGAGUCUCCGCCCACACUGCACCGCUGUUGCCUGACGUGUCGUGGAAAGCACCGGAAGCGGGCUUUUCAGCAGACUCGACUGUUCGGUUGGACUCUGUUAAAUCACCACCACAUCGACUUUCACUAACUAACGACUAUUUGACAGUGACGUCCGUAUCUGAAGUGAAGGCCAGCAACCUCACACCCUCAUCCCCGUUGCCAGUAGCGCCUCGUACGUCUCGAUCUGAAGCCCCCACGCUGCCUCCCCGGCCUAACCAGCCCUUGCCACUGAUCAAGCAAAUCAACGAAGAAGUAUCAAUCAACAAUAAUAUGUGUAUACUAUCGGGGAGGUUCGAUAGGAGAAGGUUCAAAGUGAAAGAUCUUUUUCGGUUUAUGGAACCUACAGGAUGUCUCAAGGAGAAGGAGGACUAUUCACUUUACAUAUUUGCUCCUGACAACAAAAUGAGACGAUUUUGCACCUGGAUGGUGACGAGAGGCUGGUUCGACAACAUAGUGCUCUUAUUCAUCGCCCUCAACUGCAUCACGCUAGCGAUGGAGAGGCCCAACAUUCCGCCCGACUCCAAGGAGAGAGCCUUCCUCUCCAGCGCCAACUACGUGUUCACCGUUGUGUUCGCCGUCGAAAUGUUCAUUAAGGUUGUGGCUUCAGGAAUGUUUUACGGCCCUGAGGCAUACUUCACAUCAGGGUGGAACAUAAUGGACGGCUCAUUAGUUAUUAUCUCCAUCAUCGAUCUACUAAUGUCUCUGGUCUCAGAGUCUAGUCCAAGAAUAUUUGGAAUUCUCAGGGUAUUUAGGCUAUUAAGAUCACUACGCCCGCUAAGGGUAAUAAAUCGAGCACCCGGCUUGAAACUUGUUGUCCAAACACUAUUAUCUUCAUUAAGACCAAUAGGAAAUAUUGUAUUGAUAUGCUGCACGUUCUUUAUUAUAUUCGGGAUAUUGGGUGUGCAAUUAUUCAAAGGAGCAUUUUUUUAUUGUGAGGGUGCGCACAUAAAGAAUGUGAAGAACAAAACUGACUGCCUGGCGAUCCAUGGCAACGUAUGGGUUAACCGCAAAUAUAACUUUGACGAUCUCGGUAAAGCGCUUAUGUCGCUUUUUGUGCUCAGCUCCAGAGAUGGAUGGGUUAACAUUAUGUACACAGGUCUUGAUGCCGUCGGAGUUGAUCAACAGCCUAUCGUUAACUACUCCGAAUGGCGUCUUCUAUAUUUCAUCGCGUUCAUUCUGCUUGUGGGCUUCUUCGUUCUAAACAUGUUCGUCGGUGUUGUGGUGGAGAAUUUCCACCGAUGUAGGGAGGAGCAGGAAAAAGAGGAGAGAGUCCGUAGAGCCGCCAAGAGAGCACUGCAGAUGGAGAAGAAAAGAAGAAAAAUGCACCAAAGACCCUAUUAUUCCAAUUAUUGCCAAACACGUCUUUUUGUACAUAAUGUAGUAACUUCCAAAUAUUUUGACUUGGCUAUAGCUGGAGUAAUCGGUUUGAACGUAGUAACUAUGGCAAUUGAGUAUUACAGAAUGCCUCCAGCACUACAAUACGCGUUGAAGAUAUUCAACUAUUUCUUCACAGCUGUUUUUAUUCUGGAAGCAGUAAUGAAACUUGUAGCAUUAGGGUUUAAAAUAUACUUGAAAGACAAAUGGAAUCAACUGGAUGUUAUAAUCGUGAUACUAUCAAUAGUGGGAAUAGUAUUAGAGGAACUAGAGACUAAUAUAAUUCCAAUUAACCCGACCAUAAUGAGGGUGAUGAGGGUAUUGAGAAUAGCACGGGUGCUAAAGCUAUUAAAAAUGGCGAAAGGCAUAAGAGCCUUGCUGGAUACCGUAAUGCAAGCUUUGCCUCAAGUCGGAAACUUGGGUUUGCUGUUUUUUCUACUAUUUUUCAUUUUUGCUGCCUUGGGUGUCGAACUUUUUGGAAGACUGGAAUGUUCAGAUGAAAUACCUUGUCAAGGACUUGGAGAGCAUGCCCAUUUCGCUAAUUUCGGUAUGGCGUUCCUCACGCUUUUCCGAGUUGCGACGGGAGACAAUUGGAACGGUAUCAUGAAAGAUACUCUCCGUGAGGACUGCGACAGCUCAGUGGACUGCGUUCGGAACUGCUGCGUAUCUACCAUCAUAGCACCAAUAUUCUUCGUCGUAUUUGUCUUAAUGGCACAGUUCGUUCUGGUCAACGUUGUAGUCGCCGUACUAAUGAAACAUUUAGAAGAGUCACACAAGCAAAUGGAGGAUGAGAUGGACAUGGAUGUGGAACUUGAACGUGAGUUAGAAAGGGAAGCUGACGAUGAGGAGGACAGAGCUCUAUGCCGAGCGUUGGAGCAAUGCAAGUUGCCACCUCGACCGUUAAACAAGGUACCAUCCCUACCAGCAAAUUUCAUGUACAGCGAACCGAAACACCCACAAGCACUGUCCCCCGCACGCAGGAGACGCACAAUGCACUCGCACCACGCUUUACUACCAGCGGCACUGCCUCCGAGACGAGCUUCACUCUCUCCUCACGCCUUCGGUCGACGUCGGCAGGAUUCCACAUCGGACCCGCCGGCGGCGCUGUACGAAGAAGAUGCAAGAUUCAUAGACGCUGAUGACAUCGAGGAACUGGAACCAGGUAGUCCACCGCACAGGGACUCGUUCACACAAAAUCGAAGGCAGCGCGUCGACAAACGAAACUCCCUCCGCGGCGAGGAAGCAAGACUGUUGCGCCCCGUACUACUCGCCGUACCAUCAACAAGACAAAAUAUGAGAUUAACUUCCAAAAGAAAGUUGUCUACCGAAUCAACUGUAGCAAACGAUACCAGCCAGGCGUCCGCUCGGCCUCAGAGUCAGAUUCCAGCUGAGACUGUGGAUCAAUCGAUCAGUGAGGAAGAAAAAAUACGAAUAGUGAUUGCUGAAAGACGUAAAAUAGAAGGGACGAGGACCGAGAGUGAAGACGUUGUGGAACUGUCAGAAAGAGGCUCCUAGUCCAGGCGGAGCCGGCUGCAGCAACACCAUGAAGUCUACAUCUAAAUAGCGUACGAUACGCUGUUCAGAUGUGGCUCGCUACAACUCUCCUCUCUUUACCCAGAGUGCUACAGAUAAGAUGAAUGUUUGAACUCGGUUGCGCUACAACGAUGCAGAAACUUUUAUUAGUGUUUUAAAUUCCUCAGUGAUGCAUUUUCGUACUCAACCGACAGAGUGAAAAGUGUUUGACGAUUCGUGUGGUGAAUUCUUUUUCUUUCCAUGCCUUUGGAAACUCCAUUGAACGAUCCUUACUUUACCAAUUGCGGCCGGUUCAACAAUUUUGUAAAAUGACUUUAAGAAAUUUAAACUAAUGUGUAUAAAACUAGGUAGAUAGGAAUUAGGACUAGUCAAUUUGUUGUGGUGGAACGUUUUCUACGAGAGCUAUGUUCACUUCAAAAUUAUAUUGAGUAAUUUUAAUUAGUGCGGUGCUUGCUGUUAAAGUUUUAUUAGUUAUUUAUAAAUUAUAGAAUAGAUGAAACUCUAGGAGUCUUAAAGCAACGUUAACAAACAAUUGGUUUGUGAGAUAAUUAUGUCAAAAUAGUUUUCAUUCGUUGUCUCCAACGGAGUUGUUAUUAGUGAGUCAAUUUAAUGUUAGAAUUGAUUUACAGUGUAAGAAAAGGUUUCGAAUCAUUGAAUAUUGUAAUAUAGGUAUAUGUUAUCCUAAAUCAUAUAAUCCAACGAUAUGACAAAAAGCCUAUUAUGUUUUAAUUAAAGUGUGAUGUUUAGUUUUUGUUUCUAAAAACUUCUAGUCAACGACUGUGUAGCCUCGUAGUAAAUUGUUACUAGAUAGAUCUUUUCAAUCUAUUAAGAACCUGAAACAGAACCAAUCGUUCGUGAAUUGAGUAAUCUCUUUUAAAGAUAAUAAAAGUAUUUUCUGAAUAUAAAAGAAUCAUAUUUUCUUACAGAGUCGUACGUAAUUUAGACGUGUAUCUGGCAAUACGCACAUAAAGAUAUAAAAUAGACUAUAAUGUAGUCAUUAUACUAACUCAUUGUUCUCCCACACCUGCGCGACAAAGCUUUGAUACAAAAAUGCACUUAAAUAAGCGUUCAAAUUUAUAAUUAGUUCCAUCGUAAGUACCUCCUUAAGCUGCACAUCUAAAGGACAUUGUUCUGCGUCCAUACAUAGUUAGCCUAAGAACCAACAAUCAUAAAAUAUUAUUUUCUAUGUUCGAAAUCGCAAGUACAUGACUGUAAAAACAUAGAUUAUUGACGGACACUUCUGAGAACUUUUAGGAAAACUAAAUUUUUUUUGAGAUUAUGUUUAAUAUUCAAUGAAACUUAGGUCAACCUAUGAACUAAGUAUGAAGUGAAGAAUUAAUAUAACAACUUAUUCAUUUUAUUCGGUGCGAUUUUAAAAAAUAACUAAGUAUUAGGAAAAACUUGGUUAGGUAGGAAUCAUGAAUAAAAUAAAAACAAUAGUUUUGCUUCUUAUUAUUUAUUGACUAUUUUUCCCAUAAUUAUAUCAUAUUGUAUAUAGUAUUUAUUUGUUUAACACAUGUAUAUUGUGUAAAUAUGCAGCGCGACUGUGUAUCAGGUGCUCUUGAAUAAUUUGGCAUAAUCCUCUCAGGAUGUUGUGGCACAGGUUCACUUGCAUUUUGUAAUAAGGUCUCUGCUUUUUGGUAACAUCGAUGGCAUAUUAGAUAGCCGAAAUAGUAAUAGUUAAAUUAAAGGAAAAACAAUCGCAAAUAAACACACACGUUUGCACGAAUGGCACAGAUUACUACGAAUGCAAACUGCCUGCACCACAACCUCUGUGGUUGUGGUGCAGACAGUCUGGAGUAUCGAAUUUAUGCCGGCUCUUUACUUGACAACAGUUUGUCCUUGUCAUGCUUAAUAAGGAAUGAAAAGGACAAACUGAUGUCAUGUUUUUAAAAAGCAAAUACGAAUAGCCAAGUAAAGCGCCGGCAUUAGGAAGAUAGUGUUUUUUGUUUGCAGCGCUGUCAUAGAUUAUACACAUAAAAUGGUAAUUAUUGUCUCGGAUUAUUUAUUAACUGUAAAUUUAGCUUACUUAACUGGAAGUGUCCGUCACAAUCUAAAUACUGAUAACUAUCGCAAAAAAUAUACUAAGAAUUAUCAUAAAUGCCAAAUUAGUGUUGGUUCUUAGGCCAAUUUUAACAUUGUCCUUUAUAAUUUCCCAGAACCUUUUUUAUGCGUGUCAAAAAUCGCCAGUAAAGCUAUUGUCUAGCGGCUAUAGACGCGCAGCUCGAUAAUUUAUUACGAUAGAACUAAUUCAUAUUUUGGACGCUAAUUUUAGCGAAUUUAGUUAGUACCAAAGCCACCCAAAACUUCGUCGCGCAGGUGUGGGAGAAGCAUCAAACUGGUUGGAGGUUAGCUGUGGUCAAUGAUAGUGAUCUGAAAUUAUUAAAAUAAGCUAUUUUCUGUUUAGUACAGUCUGUCAUUAGCAGUGCCAAAUCUUUGUAAACUUUUCUAAACUUAGGAAGUAUUUUAUAAGUUUCGACAAUUUACAAUUUUUAACCUAAGGUCCCAAAUUAAGUUACGCAGUAGAAUAAUUUAGGCAAACAAUACAAAAUCAUACACUUUGUAAUUUGUUUAUAAAUAGAUUAAAGCAUUGCCUGCACAUUUUGAGAUACUCUAAAGAAAAGAGACCUAGUUAGGGAAGUCAGCAAUAAAUUUUAUACUUCGACUGUGCCUUUCCUAUUUCUAAUGUAUUUAGCUUGAAGUUGAUUGUGGGUAGAUUCAGAUCUUAAUGUAUACUGUAGGGUUGAAGGUUAGAUACAUACAUAUAAUUCUUGUUGAGACUAUUAAGUUUGUAAGUCAUGUGAGAAAUUUUGUAAAUUAGAAGAAUCUGAUGGUAAAGUCAGACUUUUACAGUCAGAUGUUUUACCCACCAUUCCUUAAUUAACAAACGUCUUGUUAAACAUUGUUUUAUGAAGCUAUUUGUUAUUAUUUUUUUGAGUAGUUAUGUAAUUCACUGCAUUUAAAAGAAUCUAGAUCGCCACGACAUUAAAAGUUAUAUAACUUUCUUAAUAACUUUCUAUUGGAUUAUUCAAUGUCUUCCAUCUUUAUCUUUAUCUAAUUUUAGCUAUCUAUUGCUAAACAUUUAGGAGCCGAAUGAAUUUAUUAUUUAUUCAUCGUACUCAUAUUAAACAAUUGACUAAAUGGAAUUUAGUAAAUUAUAAGAAUAGUGUUUUCGUGAUAAAAAGUAAAUUUCGUGAUAAUGAUGAGUAAUUGUUUUCCGAUACUGACUGUAUUAUAAUUUAAGAGGUAUGAACAAUGUUCAUUAAUUGAGUACACCUGUUAAUAUUAGCUGGUGAUCUGUCAAGUUAAAAGUUAC